AAGGAGCUGGAGCACUGCCUGUUCGCCGAGACGCUGGCAGUGGUGGGCACAGGGGACCCACCAAGGGACAAGGCAGAGGGCCAGUGGUGGAUGGCAGCCCAGUGGGCACCCUACAGACGGGAAGGUGAGCCAGUGCGGAACUGCAUCCUGGUGCAAGCCAGGUUCCGAGGCUGGCAGGAUGGCGUGCCUAGAUCCAGCACCCUCAAAGCCUUUGUGACCCCACAGCUGGAGACCCUGGAGCAGGAGGAGCAGGAGUGCUUGGAGCUCACACCACACCCCACAGCGAAGAGUACCCACAUGGUGAGCCACCAGCAUGGGAUGACUGUCACGAAGACCCUCCAGGAGGGAGAGGCAGAGCCACAGUGCCAGAGCUUCUCCUACCGCCAGGACGAGCUGCGGGGGCUGCUGCUGGAGGGUGCCAGCCUCCUGCUGCUGCGGGUGCUGGCACGCCGGCACACAGUGCCCCCCGGCCUCAUCUUCCCAGCCAUCGACACCGAGGGCCACCUCUGCACCUCCAGCUACUCUGCCCUGGGCAUCCAGCGUCAGGCAGUGGGCUCUGCAGAGACGGAGGUGUUUGUGAUGGAGCAAGCCAUGCACACCAGCACAGGCGUCUCCACUGUCUGGCAGAGCAGCUUCCUCCCCAAUGGGCGUUUGGUUCAGAUGACGCAGGUUGGCUCCCCGACGCUGAUGCUUCUGCAGGAUGAGUCCAUCCUCAGCAACUCAGGUGGGUUUGAGCCCCAGCUCCCCUUCCCCAAAGAGCCCCUGAACUGGGAGGAGGACAUCCAGCUCUGCUCCUGGUUCCUGGACAGGAAGGCCUUGCUGCUCCAGCAGCCCCAUGACCCCAUCUCCUUCGCUGCAGAAUUCUUCACCCACCAGCGGCCCAUGGAUACCCCCUUUGCCUCCUCUGGGUCUGCCAGCCCUCUCCCCAGCUCCCCACCUGACCACCGUCCAGCUAAUGGGGAAUAAAGCUGCCAAUACUGCCUG